UUGCAAGGCGAAGUCGAGCUUUGUUCUCCCCACAUUCUUUCAUUAGUUAGCUGUGAAACCGACAAGUUGGGACCUUUGAGUUUUCUUUGCCGGUGAAUGCGAAUCAUGAAGACUUCUAAGAGUAAGAGUGGGAAAAGUCAAAUUACUGAAGGACGUGCAAGUGAUUCAGUGACAUUGGGAGAUUUGAUAUUUAUCAAACUUCGUAAUGGCUCAUGGUGGCCUGCACAGGUUGUUGAUGAAAACAGUGUUAGUGAGAGCGUUAAACCGAGCAAACUAUCGCCCCGAGAGGUCCUUGUUAGGCUGUAUGGAAGCUAUACAUACUCCUAUGCAGAUCCUAUUAAAUGUCGUUCUGAGUUUGGGACGAUGCUAGAGCAUAAUGAUCGUUCUCUCAGGAACAUAUUUCUGCAGGCUCUUGAACAGGAUCUUCCUAGCACAAAAUCCCGUAGAUCAAAGGGAUCAUCAUCGAAGACUAAAGCAAGAACAUCAAGUGAAAAUUCUGCAGGUAAGAGAAAAUCCACCAAGCAAGAUGAUGGGCAGAAUAAAGUCAAGCCCCAAAAGCAAAAUAAGAUGUUGAAUGAUGAUAAUCUGGCUAGCCAAAGUCAAGAAGCAACCCCAUUAGGAAAGUCGCAGGAGUUUAGUUCGAGGAGGAUAAGAGUGAUGGAAAGCCUUGGUCUCAUUGCUCCUGCUGGGUCACCAUUCCAAAAGGAUGGACAUAAUUACAAUAAAAGCUCAUGACACCACUAGAGAAUUGGUGGUGUAGAAAAACAUUCUAAGACGUCCUAAGAAAAGUCUGAUAUGUAGUUUUUAGUGUAUACAAAAGAUAUCUUCCGGUGGACAACUAAAGACUAUUCCUUC